AGAUCACCAGCUAACCAAGUGCUGCAAGUUUUACAACUUUAGAUCAUGAUUAUUUUAUUAUAUACAUUUGACAAGGUAUUUAUUUACUUACUUAUUCAUUAUUUUAACAUUCUGUCAUGUUAAUGACUUCAUUGCAGUGCAUAUAUGGCUUAAAUACAUUAAUGUUGCCCAAAAACUCAAAUAUACAGCACAUGCCACUUCUAAACACCCUGUCGUAAAGCGGUCGUGCAAAAGCAUGACGGCAGCUAAACCGCUUUACGGACAGGAUUUUCUGUCGUCAUGUAACAGUUUGGUGCUGUACGUCUGUCCUUGUAAAGAUGCCCAGAACAUAUGCUGCCUACUGAAGUCUUCAGCACUUAACUGACAUAAAAUCAGUCAACAACAAAAACGUAACAUGGCGUCUCGCCUCCUCAAGUACUCAGUGCUUCUUCAGAAGUACAGGACUCCGCUGCUCAUCACGAGCUGUGGCGGGGUCUUUGCAGCCAACAUGUUCUACCAUGUUUUCCCUGACAUGUCCUACCGUCAGCUGUAUCAGGCCUGGUUCAAGGGAGAGCCAGUCGCGCUGUCUGAAAAACUGGAGGAGGUUUUCCAGCAGGUGUUGAAGGAUUAUGGUAUCAGCUCAACCAAGAAUUUCUCUGCCUUCGCCUCCUUUGGGUUCCAUCCUGUUGGUGCUGGUGUCCCCUGGCUCCCUGCAGGGGCUCAAGUUGGCAUCCCUGCAAACUUUAACAGCACGUCUGACAACUCGAGUGGAAUCACCAACCGCAGCAUUUUCAUCAAUGGAAAAACGGUGGAGUGGGACAGCGAUACUGGCUCUGCACUAAAGGAGGCACUGACGUUUUCCAUGGAAGCACAGAAGUUUGCCGUAGCGCGAGAGGUGGCCCGCUUGCAGUCCGGAGGACCUGUUCUGAAUGCUGCCGUGGCCCCGUUCUGCCUGGGUGGGGUUUGGGUGUACAGCGUGGUGCUGAAGCAGGUGUUCGGACUCCACGCUGGGCCUGCGCUGUUUCGGGGAGCUGCGAACAUUGUGGCGCUGGGCCUCGGUGCCGUGUCCUACUUGCUCACCUCGGAUGCUGUCAGCCAGUGGAUUGACUACAGCUCAGACAAAAAUGCGGCUGCACUGUCACGCGAUUAUGCCAAAGGAGGGGUUGAGUUUUACGAUAAGAUUCUGUCCAGAAACAAGACUCUGCGCUCUCUGAUGGGCCAGAAGGGAGAGGAGAUGUAUGCUCCCAGUGGGAACUUGUUUCCUGCUCACCUCCUUCAGCUGAAACAUACUCCGUAUACAUCCAGGAGGGAAGGGAUCCUAGCUUUACUGAAAGAAGAGAAAGUUUGAAAAGAAAGGGGAGGAGGGCUGUUAUGUUAAGAGUUAAAAUCAUUGUAACUGGGCCUCACAUGAACGACUGUAAUUAUCUACUUGGGCUUGUCUCUGAAUAGACUCCAGUGGUGUAGGAAGGUCUCUGAGCUUAACAUUCUUUUCAAAGAGAUAUGUCAUCCCACAUGUUCUGAAUGUUAUUUUGUGAAUCAUGAAGUGCAGAACAAUUCAAAUUACAAAGAAGUCUUGUAAACCCCUGGGGUCUCAGAUUUUUGGUGGCGUGUGUGACUGGUGACUUAUUUAUCCAACAGAUUAAUUCUGGAUCCAGAGCACAAGUAAUUUACUGUAUUAUUAACAUGUGUUUAUACAACCACAUGUUCCAAACAGAAAAUAAAAAAUAAAAUAUAA